GUGUUUUGGUCCAGAUUUUCACUGUAUAGGAAUACAGUCAUGGCUCACCUCUUGGCACUUUGUGCGCUUGCUGCUUUAUUAGCAUGUGCAACAUCGAGUCAGCAAAGGCUAGUGACGAGUGGACUGUUUGAUGAUGAUGAUAACCUUUCUGGAGGUGGCGGUGGUGGAAGUGGAGACCGUGGCAGCAGCACAUUUGACCGAAGUGGCUUCGCCGGUGGCAACCGUGGCGGUAGCUUCAGCCAACAGGGUGGUCUGGGCAGAUAUGGUGGAAACUCUGUGCUAAGAAAGAUCAUUGUGGUCUAUAGGUCAAGGGGAAACCGCCUGAGCAGACUCGGAGGCACAGGUGGACUAAGUGGAGGCCGAGGUGGUCUCAGAGGUGGCAUGGAAAGCGAAAGUGGUGGUUUUGGCGGUGGCUACGAAGGAAGGAGCGGUGGCUUCAGAGGAAGUAGCGGUGGCAUUGGACGAAGCAGUGGCGGUCUCAGUGGCACCUCUGGUGCUGGAAGUGAUGGCUUUGCGGGUGUCCUUGAAAGAAUCGGAAAUAGAUUUUCAGGAAGCAGAAGUGGCUUUGGAGGAGGCAGAGGUGGCUUUGGAGGAAGCAGCGGUGGCAUUGAACGAAGCAGCGGUGGUCUCAGUGGCACCUCCGGUGGUGGAAGUGAUGGUUUCGAGGGUGGCUUUGAAGGAAUCAGCAGUAGAUUUACAGGAAGCAGAAGUGGCUUUGGCGGAGGCAGAGGUAGCUUUGGAGGAAGCAGCGGUGGCUUCGGAGGAAGCAGUGGUGGUCUCAGUGGUAGCUUCGGGGGCAGAGGUAGCCGUGGAAGAUUGGAAGGCUUAAGUGGCCUCAGCGGUGGCAUGGAAGGGGAAAGUGGUGGAUUUACCAGUGGCUUUGCAGGGAGCCUAGGUGGUCGCAGCGGUAGUUUUGGUGGUAGAAGUACCCGUGGAAGAUUGGAAGGCUUAAGCGCCCUCAGCGGUGGCAUGGAAGGUGAAAGUGGCGGAUUUACAAGUGGCUUUGCAGGGAGCCAAGGUGGUCGCAGUGGUAAUUUUGGUGGAGGUGGUGGUCUCGGCUCUGGCACGGGUGGAGCUGAUGGUGGCCAGCAGAAAUUGGACACACAGCAACGUUUCGUCUCAUGGUAGACGCCCUGCCGAUCAAUAGGAGAGAUAUUUGCGAUAAAGACAACUGUUGUAAAAAUAAACACUUUUGCUCACUUGAGAA